AUGGAAAACAAAUACCAAUUAGUGAGAGAGUUAGACGACAGUGAUUAUCGUGUGCAUUUUGAUAUACUGAAUAAACUGGGCUCAGGCACAUUUGGGACUGUAUAUAAAGUCAAACACAAAUUGCAUGAGACAAAAGCUGCUCUAAAAAUAAUAGAGCAUCAAGUUAAUACCGAUACAGAAAUAAUGAGACGAGAAAUGGAUAAUUUAAUAAAAGUUAACUCAGAAUAUGUCAUAAGAUAUCUGUAUUGUUGGGUAGAAAUGGACAAUAAGUGCAACAAAAUGCCGGCGUUUGGCCGCCGAUCGGCCGAUGAGGCCAUGAAUUUGUCGGAGUUUAUUAUCUCUUGCGAACUAUUCAAAGAGCUGUUGGAAUGCAUACAAUAUUUGCAUGAUUUGAGUCCAGCAGUCAUUCAUCGGGACCUCAAACCCGAUAACAUCUUGAUAUCACUUAAUCCCCAAAACGGUCGGUAUUUAAAACUAUGUGAUUUUGGUUUAGCGGUAUUACACGAGGCGUCAGGUGUUAUAAGACAUACGGGUUGUGUGGGCACAAGUAUUUAUAUGGCAACUGAAGUGCGGCUAAACAAGGACUACACCACAAAAGUAGAUGUCUAUAGUCUGGCAGUCAUUGCUUCCCAACUCUUUUGUUUGAAUGCUUUUGAGUAA